AUGACUGAGCUCUUUUCCUCUUCUUCAUCUUUCUUUAUUCAUCACACAAACCCAGAAACAAAGGCUCGCCCCACACAAACAGACCCACUAUCCUCCCACACACAAACACACACAAACCUUUGGUGGUACACUAGAGCAACACAAUUAACACCCUGUAACAUUAACAGACAUGUUAUCUUGUAAUACCACUGUGUCAGUUGUACUGUAACUUAAUCACGUGUGCUGAAGCAGUCGUGUUUACAUCCCUAAGUGGGACUCAUAAUAAAACAUCUUGUAUAGUUGAGCUGAAACAAUUGGUUUCUCUGUCAAUUAACGUUAACUGAGACGUCCAUAAUGGAUUGACCUACAUCGAAAUAAAUGCGGGACACAAAGGUUAUAUUUUAAUGGGGUGGACUCAAGUAUUUUCAGUCAAUCAUCUGGCCUCUGAUGUCUUGCCACUUGUAUAUUAUAUUCAAAUGUUUAACCACAAUAAAAAAUGGACGUUAAUCGAAUAAAAGAGAUUAACGGACAUUAAAGCAGCCGUUGGCUGUCACUUUAGCUUCGUUGACUGAAAAAUCCCUGAACGUUAGAUAGUUAAAUGUAGCGUUGUGUGAACGGUAUACCGGCCUGGCUGCUGUUGAUAGUACGGAUACCUGUUAGCAGACUGCAGCUGUGUUUGGGUGUGCUUCAUGCUUCGUGCUUUGGGCUUUUUAGUGGAGCAGAGACGACGCCCGUUUGCUAGCUUAGCGACGGUUAGCUUAGCUAGCAGCCGACGCCAUUACCAGCCGACGCUAGCUAGCUUUUGACGCUUCUGUGGGCCUGAAGGUUUUUUUUUUAGUGUGCCGAUGAGCAGCUACAUUUCACGCUCUGUCCCUUGAACCCGUUGGUGUGAUGCAUUCACUGUCUCAGGAGAUCCAAAGCUUCUCCAAAGACUGCCUGAAGAAGCAGUGCACCCUCGUUACCACGGUGACCGGCAGGAGGCUGCUGGAGAGGAGGGGUGAUGGAGGAGAGGGAGAGGAGCAGGUCGAGGAGCUGGAGGAGGACGGCGGAUGUGGGUUUGUCGAAGAUAAAAGUCUGGACCUUCAAGUUGGUGUCGUCAGACCCUUCCUACUUCUGGCCUCUCAGGAUGCAGCCCACGAUGUCGACACCCUGCGGAGACAUAAGGUGUCUCAUGUGUUAAAUGUGGCCUACGGAGUCAGCAACCCGUUCCCGGAUCAGUGCGUCUACAAGACGCUCCCGAUCCUGGACCUCCCGGACACCGACAUCACCGCCUACCUGGGGGAGUGCGGCUCCUUCGUGGACCGCGCCCGAGAAAAGGACGGUGUGGUCCUGGUCCACUGCAACGCCGGCGUCUCGCGCUCCGCCUCCGUCGUGAUUGGCUACCUGAUGAUGAGGGAGGGGCUUACGUUUGACGAGGCCUACGCUCAGGUGAAGCUGGCCCGGCCCUCGACUCGCCCGAACCCGGGCUUCCACCGCCAGCUGCAGGGCUACGGACCUUAAAGCUGCAUUCUUUGUUGUUCGUGUUUUUACCCACCAGAGAGCAGCGGAACGAGCUGUGAAUUCCAACAUGGUGAUUAUUUGUAGGGUUACACUUCCUUGUACAGAAGGAGAUUCACCAGUGCAGCUCUAAGGAACCAGACAUAUGUUCUUUAAGCCUUAAAAGACAAACGUAAGAAAAACAAUUCAGUUUUAAGAGCUCGAGUUUGUACUUGUGCGUCAUUUUGGAAAAAAUGUGUCUGCCUUUUAUUCCGCAGUUACAAAAAUAAACCGUUUUUUUUUUAACUGUUGCAUUUGCUCAUUUUGGAGCCACUAGUUUUCUUUAUGGAUUGCGUUCUAAUUAGACUUACAACCUUUCCCUCAGUUUACAGCUUGAUUUCUUUCUUUCUGAUGCAUCACUGAUCACAACGAUCGCUGCUGCGAUGUCUCUGUCACUUUCACUACUUCACAAAGUUGAUGCGCCAACCUCGCUCCCAUGAAAUAAU